GUAUAUAGGAUGAGUGUACCUACUUUUUACAAAAUUGUGUAAGUUAUUUGAGAGAAUAUUAUUUUAACUAAAUGAACAUGGAUGUAAUUUGGACAAAAGACAAAUUAUGCAAAAUAUUGAGUAAAGAGACAUUAACGUUCGCGUCCGGUGAUGGCGCCAGCACCGAUCGCUGUUGCAGACUUUGCGGUGGCGAUAACAGCCUCCGGUACUUACGUGACACGUACGUGUGGGAGGGCGUUGAGGAAAGAUACGACCAAUUGUUAUACGACUGCUUCGGUGUUCGAGUCUCAUCGUCAGAUUGCAUGAUAUGCGAGUGGUGUGUCCGCCAGUUAAGAAGCACGCAGAGGUUCAGGGCGUUAGUACACGCCGCCUUCGAGCAUCUAUCCAGUUCUUCUAAUCAUUCUCGAAGCAAAGACACUAUUAGGCCAACACAAAAUAAAAACGUGUCGAAUAUUAAUAAUAAGGAAAUAAUACACCUCCUAAAAACCAAGAUGGUGUCGGAAGGCGCGAAAAAAGGACUCCAUCAACGGCGCAAGAAUGCAAUUAUAGGCUCUAAUGUUGAACAGAAAAGAUUGAAUUUACAGUGCGCGGUUUGCAGGCAAAGGUAUCCAAUGAUAGUGCCAUUCGAUGGAUGGAAGAACUUCGUCUGUUCUAGAUGUAAAAAGUAUAAUAUAACAAAAUUGAGCUGUAAAAAAUGUAAUGUACAAAUAGCCUCAAACCUAAUGAAGGAACAUUUAGAGUCGCAUGCAAAGGCCGAUUUGAGAGGGAAGAUCAGGUUCCAUAACUUGCCCAAAAAGUCUUCUCGAACAGAUAAUACAGAAUGCAACAACAUGAGCGGUCAACUUACAAAGUAUAAACGUAAACUGUGUUCAAAUAAAUAUAGCACGGAUACAUUUUGCGUGAUUUGUAGAAAAGAUUAUAAAACACAAUAUAUGUUAAAUAAACAUAUGCAAACACAUACCGGUUCCAGAGACAAAUAUAAUAAAUUUUAUAAAGUUGGUACCGAAUGUGUACAUUUGAAGAAAAGCGCGUCUCACAAAUUUCUAAAAAUUUAAUUGUGAAUUCCUCUUGUACUUGAUCUUUUAUUUUAAAUAUCGAACGGAAUUU